UCAUAUGACUGCAAGCUGCUCUUGAUGUAUAAGUAUUUUUUUUCAUUUUCAGAAAAAGCAAACUGCUGGAGAAUUACAAAUAACAUGUACAUAACUCAGUGUGAUAAGAAAGCUUGUCUGCAUCCAAAACUGUGAUAUGACUAAUUGUAGAAAAGAUCCUGUUUGCUUUUCUAUGUGUUUUCAUUAAAAAAAAAAGAGGGAAAAUGAAAGCAGUGAAGAAAUGGGGGGGUGUAGAGGAAAUCACAUAAACAUCUCCUCACAUAAAAAGCAAAACCUCCACAAACCACAAAACCCCAUCUGAACACACCCCCAUCAAUUGCUGCAUUUCCUCAUUAAAAAAAAAUUGUCAAAGGAAGAAAUAAACGAUGUUGUCUAAUUGGGAACGUGACUUUCUAUUAUUAAAAUUGUGGGAGUCCAUUUUAAUGUGUUUAUCUCGCCGCUCCUCUAUAAUUUAUAUUUCAGCGUGGAAAUUUGUUUGCAUGCCUGUGACAGGUUAAUGCCGUUGAAACAUGCAUUUUCUUUCGUUCGCGGAACAGUUAAAUCGUUGCUCGGAGGAUUUUUAAGUUUCAAUUUCCACCCUGAGAGGAGAUUCCUUGCUAUUUAUUUAUUUAUUUAUUUAUUUUCCUCCCAAGGUUGGGAGCGUUUCUGCUUCAAAACGCUAUUAAUUACCGGCGACGGAGUGCAUCUAUUUAUACUACGCACCCUAGAUUGACAGUGGAACUGUUAAAUGAGAAAACUUUUUCCCCCCUCCCAUUGGCGGCAGACUUGGGGGUAUUUAAAAAAAAUGCGAUCUGCAAGCGGCGGACAGAAGUGAAAUGCCAUGCCAGCCCGCGGAACCCACAAUCGGAAUUAGCAAUCGGAAGACAGGUCAGGUAUUCGCGGAUUUUUCUUCCUUCCCCCUGCACCCUCCGCUUUAAGAAAAAAAAAAAGAAGAUGAUGAUGAUGAUGAUCAUGAUGAUAAAAUAAAAAAAAAAAAGUUUCUCGGACUCUGCCGGACACCCAGCUGGCCGCGGCCCAGCGGGCGCGGGGAGGGGGGGUGGCGGACGAAGCCGGCAGGCUGCCCAGAAGUUGCGAGCGGGGAGUUUGCUCUGGAUGGAGAUUACCUGGCUCACCAGCAGCGGCGAGAGCGCCGAGACCAGAUAAUCCGCAGGCUGGGAAGCGCGCCUUAGCGCCCGCCGGCCGGCCGGCCGCACAUUCAGAGGGGCUGUCCCGCCGGCCCGGGGCGGGUCCCGCCACCCCCGCGGGCUCCGGUGCGUCAGGGCGCGGCAGGCGGGGCGGGCUCCGCGCGGCUGCGGGCGGCGGGCUCCGCGCGGGCUGCUGCUGCGGCGGCGGCGGCGGCGGCGGCAGCGGCGGCGGCGGCAGGCGGGCAGCGCGCACCGGCUUCCCGCUUCUCGCUCCAAGGCUGCGGGACGGACGCUCCCGAGAACUCUCUGGCCCACGGCGCCGGCCGGCGGCCCGGCGGGACCGGCAUGUCGGCCGCCGUGGCGUGCCUGGACUACUUUGCCGCCGAGUGCCUGGUGUCCAUGUCCGCGGGCGCCGUGGUUCACCGCCGCCCGCCCGACCCCGAGGGCGCAGGCGGGGCCGCAGGCUCGGAGGCGGGCGCGCCACCACCGGAGUCCGCUCUGCCCGGUCCGGGGCCACCGGGAGCCGCGGCGGUGUCCCAGGUCCCCGCCCCCAGCCCCGGCGAGGGCGGCGCCGCGCCCCACCUGCUGGCGGCAAGCAUCUUGGCCGAUCUGCGUGGCGCCGCCCGCGAGGGCUUCGAGGAGAAGGCGGGAGAAGCCCCGCGCGCCUCGUCCGACUGCACCGACCCGACCCGGGGCCCCGAGCAGCCCGAGAGCCCCGAGCCGGCUCCGCCCACCUGCACCGCUGAUGUCUCGGAGCCCGCGCACGCAGCCGGCGCGCAGGAGGUCCCCGGAGCGCCCGCGGACCCGGGAGAGCCCGCAGACCCCGGCGAGGCCCUCAGCGGGGCCCCCAGAGCCUGCCCCGCCCCCGCCGCGGCUCCAGCACCCCGGCGAAGGCCCGUGACGCCCGCCGCCAAGCGCCAUCGCUGCCCCUUCAUGGGCUGCAACAAAGCCUAUUACAAGUCGUCGCACCUCAAGUCCCACCAGCGCACCCACACGGGGGAGCGCCCUUUCUCCUGCGACUGGCUCGACUGCGACAAGAAGUUUACCCGCUCCGACGAGCUGGCCCGCCACUACAGGACGCACACGGGGGAAAAGCGCUUCUCCUGCCCCCUGUGCCCCAAGCAGUUCUCCCGGAGCGACCACCUGACCAAGCAUGCCCGCCGCCACCCCGCCUACCACCCCGACAUGAUCGAGUACCGCGGGCGCCGCCGCACUCCCCGUGUCAACCCACAACCCCAGGCCGUUGACCCGCAACCCCCAGCGGAGUCGCCGCCCACCGACCUGGUGGGCAGCUCAGGCUCCCUCCCUGACGAGGCUCCCAGCUUCACCUCCUGCCUGUCUGAUGGCCACUGCUUUUAGUCAUCCCCUCCAAGAGGACCCCCCUCCAGCACCCUCUGCGUCCUCCUCUCCCAAGGUCAUUGUUGCUGCCUUCUGUCUGCCCAGCCCUCUUUUCACAGAGUCAUGAUUAGCCCAAGGCACAGACUGAUUUCCUCCGCUCUAAGAGUGGGUACAGGCAGGCUUGACAGACCCCAGGGUCCGGAAAUAGCAAGAAUUCUUACAACACGUUUCUCAUCCUAACAGAGCAGGUGGCCUCAAAGACAGCCCCCAGGAACUGGUGAGAAGGGACGAACCCCUUUGUACUCUCCAGAAUCCUGAAGAUCCUCCCUUCCCUGGAACCAGAGACAUGAAACUGGAAUUCUCAGGUGCCUGAGGAGCUCCCAGUCUCAAAGGAUUCUGGUGUUUUAUCUACCCACCAAGGGCGGACCUUGAAGAGCGUGUUAGGGGUGAACAUUCUUGGAAAUGGACAGGACUGGGAUGGUUGAGAGGCCUUUGGAAACAGAAAUGAUUUCUAUUUCUGUAAACAGCAAUGUUUACUAAUUUAUUUUUAGUAUCUUUUAAACAGGGAUCCCAGGUUGACUGGAGGUUGAUGUCCUCCACUCCCCAGUUGUCCCAGCUACCUCUGCUAGGAGAGGGCAAGUAAGAGUCCAUGUAGAGGAUGAUGUGGCUGGGUGAUGCUACAUGGUGGUGGGAAGGAGUGGUAUGAGUCUGAUUGCAGGUCCAGUUGCAUGAUUUGGAACCCUGCACUUGUAUUGUGGCCUUUCUUCCCUCUUGGACUCCUACUUGGGGAGGGUAACUUCCUGACUGACUAGCACAAUGAAAGUGGUUUAAAAACUUGGACCAACCAUAAAAGAACCAGAAAUUAAAAAAAAUAAAUAAAAAAAGGUUGUCUAGGUUAGUUACCCCUUCACCCAGAUGGUAAAUUCCAAUGACUAUGGGUGAUGAUGGGUUCAAAACAAGACUUAUAAGAACCAUUCAGGAACAUAGAGGUUUAUGGUCCCAGGUGCCCACUCCAAGUAUCUCAGGUGCAGUAGAUUUUGUUUGCUUCUUAGUGGCUAACUAGGGAUUUAUUUUCCUUGGAGUUUGUGCAUUAUGGUGGUUUCUGCAAUAGGUAAGGGCAUUGGGGGGUGUAGGGGUUGGUGGUGAGUGGCUUCUUCCAAAGAGCUGACUGCCCUCUAUUUGAGAAAGAAACAGCUAGGUGGAAGUUACUAUCUAAUAGGACUGUGCUCCCUAACCUUGGAGUACCUCCUCAGGACCCUUCUUCCCCCAUGCAAGAAGUGAAUAUUGACAGUAUUUAUUUAUUUUUCUAUCUUUGUCUCUGCUGCUAUGAAUGAAAUUAUUGGUCACUUUGCUUAUGUAUGUGUGAAUGUGUAUACACCCAACCCAUUAGAGAUGGGGCUAAAAAGAGUAUUUCUGCUUGGUAAGGUUCCCUUUGACCUUCUCCUGAAUGUCUUGUAGUUGUCUAUCAGUCAUGCUUGUGAAAGAUGCCAUAUCUUAAAGAACCAUGGCAGGCAUCUAGUUAAAGAAACUGUUUUAUUGUAUUUUUCAGAUAAAGACACUGAAG